CGGUUCUGCCCCUCUCUCCCGCAACGCCCAAUUCCCUCCAUCUCCAACUCCCCAUCACUCCAUCUUUCUCCUCCUACACUAUUCCAUUCUACCACAACACCUUGGAUAGCGCCGCCGACCGGUGCACACCGAGCCCAAGACGGCCUCCUCGUACCAAUUGCACCGGCCCUUGUCGUCGGUUCGACUACCACGUCCCCCUUAGUCCAUCAUUUGCGAUAUAAGAUGGACGCCGACCGCGACCCCUCCGCGGAGAGCCCACUGGGUGAUCCCACCUCCCCAAGUCUCGAAGCCACCUCACCCGUUGCUGCGACGCUCCAUGCCUCAACACCUUCCCUCCUUCCAACCCGGGAUCCCACCGCCGGUCUCACAGCUUCCUCCACGCACUUGGGCCAGAUCAACGCGGCGCGGCGCGGCGCGGGGACCCCGCCUCGUCCACAUGCGUCGAUGAGUGCCCAAGGCGUUGGAGGAUUGAACCAGGAUAUCAUGGCCAAAAUGAAGGCCUUCUCCCUCUCCCGUCAGGGUGUUCCACUCGCACAUGCUACUUCUACAGGCACAAUACCAACGGCGUGUGAGGCCGGUGCGGGCGGGGCUCUCGCCGGGCGCAUGCCACCAGCCACCCGGCCCAACAACAAGAAUUGGGCCUCAUCCCCCGCGAUAACGGCAUCGAUAUCCAGUCCUGCGUCUCCGCGCCCAGGGGGUCUGGCAGCAAAGCGCUUGAAGCCUGGCCUCAAGCUGUCCGAUGUCACGGGAUCCCCGACACCUGUGCCGAACGGGACAGAACAGAAGGAGGCAGAGCAGAACGGGGAAUCUGCGUUCAGCAAGUAUUCUGAAUUUAUCGACACAAAAGCCGGGACAUUGAACUUUAAGAACAAGGCAAUUCUGCAUGGUGGUGGCGUUGAAUUUUCCUCAGGACACAGUUUCAAGAUCUCCUUGGAUGAGGUCGAUCGAUUGGACGAGCUGGGCAAGGGCAACUACGGUACCGUCUAUAAAGUACGGCACAGUCGCCCGCACCUACGGAAACCCGGCUUGGGUCUUAGUGGGAUUGUCAGUCGCCCAGCUGGACAGGAUGAGACGAGCCCCGCGGGCGGAUCCCACGACAAUCUCUCUGGUGUGAUCAUGGCCAUGAAGGAGAUCCGGCUGGAGCUGGACGAGGCCAAGUUUGCACAGAUCAUCAUGGAGCUAGACAUUCUACACCGCUGUGUCUCGCCAUUCAUUAUCGAUUUCUACGGCGCUUUCUUCCAAGAAGGCGCAGUCUACAUGUGCGUGGAAUACAUGGAUGGUGGCUCCAUUGACAAGAUUUACGAGGGUGGCGUGCCCGAGAAUAUCUUGCGCAAGGUUACUCUCUCCACCGUCAUGGGAUUGAAAGCGCUCAAGGACGAGCACAAUAUCAUUCACCGCGACGUCAAGCCUACCAAUAUCUUGGUCAACAGCAAGGGCCAGAUCAAGAUUUGUGAUUUCGGUGUUAGUGGAAACCUGGUCGCCAGUAUUGCCAAGACCAACAUUGGUUGCCAAAGUUACAUGGCUCCUGAACGAAUUGCAGGAGGUGGUAUGCAGCAGUCGGGCGCCCCGAGUGCAGGGACAUACAGCGUGCAGAGCGACAUUUGGAGUUUAGGUCUGUCGAUCAUUGAAUGCGCGAUGGGACGGUACCCGUAUCCACCGGAGACUUUCACCAACAUCUUCAGCCAGCUUCAUGCCAUUGUCCACGGCGAACCCCCCACGCUUCCUGCUGAGGGAUUCUCCGACGAAGCGCAUGCAUUCGUCAGUGCUUGUCUUGACAAGAUUCCCAAGAAUCGCCCAACCUACAACAUGCUCCUCCGCCACCCCUGGCUAGCACCUCUUAUGCGCCCACCAACCGAGGCUGGCGCCGAGUCUACCUCGCAACCUUCUGACGUAUCUGCACCCCGUGAAACUCCCUCCUUCUUGACAGAAGAUGCCGAAGUUGCAGAAUGGGUCCAGAAGCAACUUGAGCGCCGUAAAGCAGGCCACUUGAAUGACGCUAAGAAACCAGCUCUGCAUGCCGUGGCUCUCGACAAGGUCGCCACCAGUCCCAUGCAUGACGGAGAGGCACCUGUGCCCGCGCAGGCUGACUGAAUGACUUCUUACAUCCUAUUUUGAGAUUGUGCGACCUUUCUCAUCUUUCCAAGUCACUCAAUUUCUUUUCUUCAUUACCCGACCGAGGUUCAGAGCCAGGUGAUCCCACGGCGCAGGCGCCGUCUUCAAUGACAUACCACGGCUGUUUGUUGAUACAUGUAGCAACUCGACCUGUUGUGAGCUUGACAACUGCUCUUUUAGCCUGCCAAUUCAUAUAUUUCUGUCUGUUCUUCCGGCCGCAGUCCAUUGCCGUGUCUGCUGGCUUUCUAUUUCAUUUCCACCGUCUUUGAGCGUACUCCCAUCCUGGCCCGCUGUCAUGUCAAAGGUUGAUCUGGAAUCGUCAUUUUCUUAGCUGUGGUCCAUGCAGCGUGAGAUAACUUACUCUGAUUGUGUCGAGCACGAUUGUGUGCUCGAAAAUGUGGUGUUUGUUCUUAGCGCAGGCUCAUCUGAUGUCAUACUACACUUUGAGCACAUUGAAGGUGUCUUUUUUAUGAUCUAUGUAACUUAGUUGAAAAUCUCAACAUUUCCAUGUCGUGCUGAGUUGACAUAUACUAAGCAAAGC